CGACGAGACAUACUAAGAAUCCGGCUCGCAGAACCAUGAAGACGACUUUGGUGCUAGCAUUUGUGAUGAUGAUGCUCGGAGUGACAUUGGGUUUUGUGUUGGCCGAUGCCGAUGAUGGUUACCUAUAUGCCCUGCCAUCAGGUGAGCAGCUCCAGGAAAUCCAAGAGGUCACUCGUCCCAGGAAGCACCGCCUGAGGCCACGUGUCUACCCAGUGCAUCCCUCCCAGGGUUGCGGGAACUCGGAGGAGGCGGAUCACGCCGCAGCUGUCAUCACCUACCAUGCCAACCGCCCCCAACCGCGUCGCAUUUACAACCACCAGGAAGUCCAGGUGGACAGCUCGUUCUUCGAGCCAUCGCCGGAACGGAUCGAGGAACUCAAGCGGAUUCUGCUGGAUCAGGAAUAAAGUGAAUGUUUUUUUCGAAAAGUGAGAUUGGUUUCCUUAUGAAGGGAGUACGUGUCUAGACGCUUCCCUCAGUAGUGACCAUAUGUGAAUGGUAGUAUUCAUUGCCCGCCACACAGACCAUUUACGUUAAAACUCAAAACGUUUUCGGAGAACCAAAAGUGACUUUAAAUUUAUACGUAAAAUCAAGUUAAUUUACAAACAUGGCAUGAGUCAACUAAUGACUUAGUCUCCUAUUUAAGAUACAUUUUUGUGCCAACAUUUAGGGUAGUCUGCGAAAUGUAUUUCUGAGAUACUUUUUUCUUGUGAUCAAUUAGAACUGCAAAGUAAACAGUUAAGUGCAAUCUAUUUUCUGGGAAAUUUAGGAUGCUUAAUAAAUUUAUUUUUAAAUUAUUUCUUUGUCAGUUCUAAUACAUUUAGAACGUAGCUAAAAAUACCCAGAAAAGUAUCUCUCCGGAAUUGGUCUGCUUUCGGUCAUAAAGUGAAUGUUAAUGGUUUCCGACCAAUUAUAAGAAUCGAAUGGCUCCAGCAAAAAGUGGCUGAAACAGCAUUCCAAUCGAAACAACGAAAAUCCCAUUGCAGUUAACAAUA